UCUCCCAUUUCGCUGCCACUGACGAAGAUAUUGCAGAAGUCUUGCGAAAAUUUGAGAGUUGAAGUAUGUACUCCUUUGUAUAGACCAACUCACUGAACAUCCACGUGGAACAGCAUUUGCUCAAUUCAAGGAACGUGAAGCAGCUGAUGCGUGCUUAGCAGCAGCAACAAACCCUGCUGCAAAGAAUGAAUUUAUUCUUUAUGGUCGGCCCAUGCCACAUCAUGAGAGCUAUUAGCAGAAUGGAGCUAGAGAGGAAGAAAAGUGAGAAGGAUCUAGAAAAAAUAACGAAAGAUAAAAGAAAUCUUUACUUGGCUCGUGAAGGAUUUGUUCGUCAGGGAACUCGAGCAGCACUUGGUGUGUCAAAUACUGAUCUUGCUCUACGCACCAGGAGGGAACAGGUUAAACGGCGAAUGUUGCAAAAUUUGCACAUCUUUGUCUCUAAAAUUCGUCUUUGCAUCAAUAAUUUGCCAGACAGAAUUGGUGACAAACAACUACAUGCAAUUUUCAGCAAGCAUGCACCAGAUGGUGCCAAAAUCACUGAGGUUUGAUAUUUUAUUAUGUUCUGUAUAAUUAGUGUUAUUUUUGUACAUUCCAA